CAAAUCUCGAGGUCUCUGCAUGCUCAUACUUGCUUACCUCAGCAACAAAUUGAAUAGAGCAGUCCUCCAGGGAGAGACUAGCUAGUAGAUUAGAAUGAGCGUGAUAUUGGCCACUGCUGGGUUCGACCACAAGAUUAGGUUUUGGGAGGCGCCGUCUGGUAUUUGUUCUCGGAUCAUCAAGUAUCCCGACUCCCAAGUCAACCGACUACAGAUCACUCCGGACAAACAAUUCAUUGCUGCUGCUGGAAAUCCGCAUAUCCGUCUCUAUGAAAUCUUGAAUGGCAGCAGUGCUGUGGAUGCCGUCGAUCCACCCACACAACAACCCGUCUUGACGCUGGAGGGACACACGGCGGCUGUCACUGCCAUUGGGUUUCAAAAGGAUGGGAGGUAUCUUUAUUCUGGAUCGGAAGAUGGGACCAUCAAGGUUUGGGACCUUCGAAAUCCCAACUAUUCCAGGUCAUUUGACAGCAAGGGAGGUGUCAAUUGUGUGACGCUGCGUCAUGAUCGAGACGAAUUCAUUUCGGGGGAUCAAAAUGGGUAUGUCAAGGUAUGGGACUUGGGUGGGAAUGGGUGCUUGCACUCCAUCAAGCCAUCCUCGGCGCAAGUCCAGGGUGAACAGCAGCCACAACAUCACCACGAUGACGACCACGCCAAAUCACAGCAACAACAUCGACGAAGGAAUCGAUCUUACCUGGAAGGAACGGAUCCCAUUCAAGCCGUCGACAUUUCCGAAGAUUCUCGAACGGUGGUUGCCUGCAGUAACAAGGGACGUGUCUUUGUAUGGCAGGAUGACACGACACCACCGGCAUUCGACGAACCUCACCAUCAUAAUAAUAUGCCCAUGCAAUAUCACCAUCCUCAUCACCACCAUCAUCCACAUCUUCAUCAUCAUCAUCACGGCGGCAGCACAACCUCCACCUCCAUGUUGCUCUCGCAGCCGCUCCGGACACGGUUUUAUGCUCACAAUGAUGUACGACCGGGCAAUUAUUGUUUACACGGCAAAAUGGCACCCGAUGGACGACACUUUGUGACCACGGGCAGUGAUGGAUAUGCCUUUUUAUGGAAUACUGCCACAUGGGAAUGUGCGCAAAAGCUGCGCAACUGCACCCAAACACCAACCCCCAAGUGGGUGUACGAUGCGGCCUUUUGUGCCGACUCGAGCUAUCUGGUGACUGCGAGCAGUGACAAUAUUGCAAGACUUUGGAACUUGAGAACUGGCGACGUUGUUCGGCAGUAUCACGGGCAUCAAUCUGCAGUCACGUGCGUUGCAUUGAACGACAGCAGUGUCUAAGAUCAAUGCUGCUCAAGGCGUGACUCAUGCAGCAAACAAACAACAAACCUGCCCGAUGCGAUGCCAGCCAUCCUUUGGUAGUGAGAAAGUUCGAGAGAGAUGGAGCCGCCACUAGUGUGGGCAGGAAAGAUCCCAUCACCGUCCUGCUACCGGUAUGCAUAGUCUUAGUAGCAAUGCCCGACUCUCUACAAUUUCCGCAUUAGUUAGACGUAGAGUAUGCAGUACCAGCCCA